AGGCAAUUUUCCUAAAGAAACUUUCUUCUAGGGUUUUCGAAAUCUCCGUCUUCUCGAUCAUAACUCCCUCCAUUGGAUUUUGCUCCGGAUUUCGGAUUCAUUUGAAUCGUUGCAUUUUUUUUUUCUUCGAAAGUUGUUGGGUGGAAAAAUUGAUGGUUCAGCUGAUGAAGUCCGGGAAUCUCUGUUUGGAGCUUGAAAACAAACCGGAUGUUUGUGACAAGGUGCCGGUGAAGUUGGAGAUCGAGGAUCCUCUGGAAGAAGAGCAUGGACCUCUGAACAAGCGUUGUAGGCCUUCCAUGGAUUCGCAAGAGCAACGGAGUGCCUCAACUGAUACAUCCAACAAUCAUCCUUCACAAUACAACAUACUUGAUGAGCCUAGCCCCUUGGGAUUGCGUCUGAGGAAGAGCCCUUCAUUGUUAGAUUUGAUUCAAAUGAAGCUUGCUCAAGGGAGUACAACUCCUGCAAACACACAAAAUAAAAACUUAAGCUCUGGUGUGAAAGGGGAGAGCAGAGUUGCUAAUACAUCCUGUGCUGGUGAUAAGCUUAAGGCUUCGAAUUUUCCAGCUUCACUUUUAAGAAUUGGUUCUUGGGAGUAUAAAUCUAAAUAUGAGGGUGACUUGGUAGCAAAGUGUUACUUUGCAAAGCAUAAGCUUGUUUGGGAAGUUCUUGAAGGUGGCCUAAAGAGUAAGAUAGAAAUUCAAUGGUCGGAUAUUAUGGCACUUAAUGCAAAUUUUCCUGACAAUGGACCCAGUACACUGUCUGUAGUGCUGGCUCGGCAGCCUCUUUUCUUCAGGGAGACUAAUCCACAGCCUAGAAAGCAUACGCUAUGGCAAGCCACAGCAGAUUUUACUGAUGGACAAGCUAGCAAAUACAGGCAGCAUUUUCUGCAAUGCCCACAAGGACUGCUGAACAAGCAUUUUGAAAAGCUUAUCCAGUGUGAUGCACGACUUAAUUUCCUAAGCCAGCAGCCAGCAAUAAUUUUGGAUUCACCAUAUUUUGAUACACGACCAGCUGCUUUUGUGGAGCCGGAUGAAUCCAAGGAUCAUUGUCUUAAUCAAGUCAAUGAUAAGGUAACUGUCUCAUCUUGCGUGCAGGGCAUAGGAUCACCUCAUGCUUCCCAGUCAUCAUCAUUCAAUAUUGAAAUCAGUGAUCCUUCUUGCAUAACCUUGGAUAGCCGGUCCCGAGAAGUGCCUUCCCCCAGUUCAGGUAGUGGAUGUUCUGAAACUGAGUCCAAGGAUCCAAGAAAUUGGGAUCAGAUAAAGGUGCCUGGGCUCCGCCCUUCAAUGUCCGUAAGUGAUUUUAUGAGCCACAUUGAACAAUGUCUUUCAGAGCAAAUAAACUCUGGGAAUCCACCUUCUGGCGGAGCUGAGUUACGGGAAAUGCUAGAGGACAUUUCACAGCACCUACUCAGUGACAAUCAGGUUGCAGCGACGUCUGAUGAAAAAUCACUCAUGUCUAGGGUCAAUUCUCUUUGUUGUCUUCUGCAGGAUCCUGCGGCUGCGCAGAAUCCACAUAAUACUGAGGGAUUUACUGCUGUAGAACCUGAUGAAAAUCCUAAUCUGAAUCAUAAUAUCGAAUUGAUGCAAGAUAACAAAAAUAGAACUGAUGCCAAGGUUGCUGAAGAGGACACUAAGGAUGUUUCUGGGGGCAAGCAAGCUCCAGGUAUGUCCAGGAAAGAUUCUUUUGGAGAUUUGCUUCUCCAUCUCCCUCGAAUAGCAUCUCUUCCGAAGUUCUUGUUUAAUAUAUCAGAAGAGGAUAGUGAUUGCAGUCAAGGCAGAUAAGUUUGUCCAGUUUGACUUUUAAAAGAGGCCAAAUAAGACGUGCUAGUUUAAUGUUUCCCUUGGGAACCACUAGGAUUUGGAAAACAUGUUUUAAUGAAGAAUCCUGGUGAUUCCAUGUAAAAAAUUUGUCAAGUAGGUUGCUUAGCUCUAUUUUUUCUCCUCCCCUUGCUCGUCAUCUUGUGUAAGGCCGUCCGUUUGUAUGUAAAUCAUGUAUCAUCCAAUAUUAUUUAAAGAUUUAGAAUCUUUGGGUGGCUUCGUGACUUGAAUCGUAUUAUGUGUUGACUCAUUUGAAUAAUUCAUCUCUAUUUAAUUAAA